UCGGAGGCGGAGUCCAGGCAGGCAGUGGGUCCAUGCCGCCAGCCGGGCCCAGGGCGCCGAACCAGACCCCACGGGGGCCGUGAGCACUCACAGGAGAAGCUGGGCCGGCCCAAAGAUGCCAACCAACGGGCUGCACCAGGUGCUGAAGAUCCAGUUCGGCCUGGUCAAUGACAGCGACCGCUACCUGACCGCCGAGAGCUUUGGCUUCAAGGUGAACGCCUCGGCGCCCAGCCUCAAGCGGAAGCAGGUGUGGCUGCUGGAGCCGGACCCGGGCCAGGGAGCGGCUGUGCUGCUGCGCAGCGGCCACCUGGGCCGCUACCUGUCGGCAGGCGAGGACGGCCGCGUGGCCUGCGAGGCGGAGCGGCCGGGCCGGGACUGCCGCUUCCUGGUCCUGCCGCAGCCAGACGGGCGCUGGGCACUGCAGUCCGAGCCGCAUGGCCGCUUCUUCGGGGGCACGGAGGACCAGCUGUCCUGCUUCGCCACGGCCAUCUCCCCGGCCGAGCUGUGGACGGUGCACCUGGCCAUCCACCCGCAGGCGCACCUGCUGAGCGUGAGCCGGCGGCGCUACGUGCACCUGUGCCCGCAGGACGACGAGAUGGCGGCCGACGGCGACAUGCCCUGGGGCGUGGACGCGCUGCUCACCCUGAUCUUCCGCAGCGGCAGGUACUGCCUCCGGUCCUGUGACAGCCGCUACCUGCGCAGCGACGGCCGGCUGGUGUGGGAGCCCGAGGCCCACGCCUGCUACACGCUCGAGUUCAAGGCCGGCAAGCUGGCCUUCAAGGACUGCGACGGCCGCUACCUGGCGCCUGUGGGGCCCGCGGGCACGCUCAAGGCCGGCCGCAGCUCCCGGCCGGGCAAGGACGAGCUCUUCGACCUGGAGGAGAGCCCCCCACAGGUGGUGCUGCUGGCCGCCAACCGCCGCUACGUCUCCGUGCGCCAAGGGGUCAACGUCUCAGCCAAUCAGGACGAAGAACUGGACCAUGAGACCUUCCUGAUGCAAAUUGACCAGGAGACCAAGAAGUGCACCUUCUACGCCAGCACCGGGGGCUACUGGACCCUGGUCACCCACGGGGGCAUCCAGGCCACCGCCACCCAAGUGUCGGCCAGCACCAUGUUCGAGGUGGAGUGGCGCGGCCGGCGCGUGGCGCUCCGAGCCAGCAAUGGCCGCUACGUCUGCAUGAAGAAGAACGGGCAGCUGGCGGCCACCAGCGACUUCGUGGGCGAGGACGAGGAGUUCACGCUCAAGCUCAUCAACCGGCCCCUCCUGGUGCUGCGCGGCCUGGACGGCUUCGUCUGCCACCGCCGCGGCUCCAGCCAGCUGGACACGAACCGCUCCGUCUACGACGUCUUCCACCUGAGCUUCAGCGACGGCGCCUACCACAUCCGAGGCCGCGGCGGCGGCUUCUGGAACACCGGCAGCCACGGCAGCGUGUGCGGCGACGGCGAGCACGCCGAGGACUUCCUCUUCGAGUUCCGCGAGCGCGGCCGCCUGGCCAUCCGCGCCCGGAGCGGCAAGUACCUGCACGGCGGCGCCUCGGGGCUGCUGCGCGCCGACGCCGAGGCGCCGGCGGGGGCCGCGCUCUGGGAGUACUGA